GGGGGCGGGGCGCGGCGCGGCGCUCGCGGCUGCUGCCUGGGAGGGAGGCAGGGCAGGCGGCGCAGCGGCGCGGCUCUUAACCUGACGGGAGAGUGGCACGGGCGGCCGCGACCGACUACCCCCGGGGCAGGCGGACGGACGGGCGACGGAGGCGGGGAGCCGGGGGCCCCCGGCCGAGCGGCCCCGAGAGCGAGCGGGUCAGGCUCUGCGUCGGCCACUCUGUCGGUCCGCUGAAUGAAGUGCCCGCCCCGCUGAGCCCCGAGCCCGGCGCUUUCCCCGCAAGAUGGACGGUUUCGCCGGCAGCCUCGAUGAUAGUAUUUCUGCUGCAAGUACUUCUGAUGUUCAAGAUCGCCUCUUAGCUCUUGAGUCACGAGUUCAACAGCAAGAAGAUGAAAUCACUGUGCUGAAGGCAGCUUUGGCUGAUGUUUUGAGGCGCCUUGCAAUCUCUGAAGAUCAUGUAGCCUCGGUGAAAAAAUCAGUCCCAAGCAAAGGCCAGCCGAGCCUUCGAGAAGCUAUUUCCAUGUCCUGUAUAACCAAUGGAAGUGGUGCAAACAGAAAACCAGGUCAUACCAGCGCUGUCUCAAUUGCAAGAAAAGAAACUCUUUCAUCUGCUGCUAAAAGUGGUACAGAAAAAAAGAAAGAAAAACCACAAGGACAGAGAGAAAAAAAAGAGGAUUCUCAUUCUAAUGAUCAAAGUCCACAAAUUCGAGCAUCACCUUCUCCCCAGCCCUCUUCACAGCCUCUCCAAAUACACAGACAAACUCCAGAAAGCAAGAAUUCUACUCCCACCAAAAGCAUAAAACGACCAUCAACAGCUGAAAAGGCACAUAAUUCUUGGGAAAAUUCAGAUGACAGUCGUAAUAAAUUAUUGAGAACAGCUUCAACAUCAAAAUUAAUAUCAAAAGUUAUAAAGAACACAGACAAGCACAAAGAUGUCAUCAUCAACCAAGAAGGAGAAUAUAUUAAAAUGUUUAUGCGAGGUCGUCCAAUUACAAUGUUUAUUCCUUCUGAUGUUGACAACUAUGAUGAUAUCAGAACAGAACUGCCUUCUGAGAAGCUCAAACUGGAGUGGACAUAUGGUUAUCGAGGAAAGGACUGUAGAGCUAAUGUUUACCUUCUUCCUACGGGGGAAAUUGUUUAUUUCAUUGCAUCAGUAGUAGUACUGUUUAAUUAUGAAGAGAGAACUCAGCGACACUACCUGGGUCAUACAGACUGUGUGAAAUGUCUUGCUGUACAUCCUGACAAAAUUAGGAUUGCAACUGGACAGAUAGCUGGCGUGGAUAAAGAUGGAAGGCCUCUGCAACCCCAUGUCAGAGUGUGGGAUUCAGUCAGUCUAUCCACACUGCAAAUUAUUGGACUUGGAACAUUUGAACGUGGAGUAGGAUGCUUGGAUUUUUCAAAAGCAGAUUCAGGUGUUCAUUUAUGUGUUAUUGAUGACUCCAAUGAACAUAUGCUUACUGUAUGGGACUGGCAGAAAAAAUCAAAAGGAGCAGAAAUAAAGACAACAAAUGAAGUUGUUCUGGCUGUGGAGUUCCACCCAACAGAUGCAAAUACCAUCAUAACAUGUGGUAAAUCUCAUAUUUUUUUCUGGACCUGGAGUGGCAAUUCACUAACAAGAAAACAAGGAAUCUUUGGGAAAUAUGACAAACCAAAAUUUGUGCAGUGCUUAGCAUUUUUGGGGAAUGGAGAUGUUCUUACUGGAGACUCGGGUGGAGUCAUGCUUAUAUGGAGCAAAACUACUAUAGAGCCCACACCUGGGAAAGGACCUAAAGGUAUCUAUCAAAUCAGCAAACAAAUCAAAGCUCAUGAUGGCAGUGUAUUCACACUUUGUCAGAUGAGAAAUGGGAUGUUAUUAACUGGAGGAGGGAAGGACAGAAAAAUAAUCCUGUGGGAUCAUGAUCUGAAUCCUGAAAGAGAAAUAGAGGUUCCUGAUCAGUAUGGUACAAUUAGAGCUGUAGCAGAAGGAAAGGCAGAUCAAUUUUUAGUAGGCACAUCACGAAACUUUAUUUUACGGGGAACAUUUAAUGAUGGCUUCCAAAUAGAAGUGCAGGGUCAUACAGAUGAGCUUUGGGGUCUUGCCACACAUCCCUUCAAAGAUUUACUCUUGACAUGUGCUCAGGACAGACAAGUGUGCAUGUGGAACUCAGCGGAACAUAGGCUGGAGUGGACCAGGCUUGUAGAUGAACCAGGACACUGUGCAGAUUUUCAUCCAAGUGGCACAGUGGUGGCCAUAGGAACGCACUCAGGCAGGUGGUUUGUUCUGGAUGCAGAAACCAGAGAUCUAGUUUCUAUUCACACAGAUGGGAAUGAACAGCUCUCUGUAAUGCGCUACUCAAUAGAUGGUAUCCUCCUGGCUGUAGGAUCCCAUGACAACUUUAUUUACCUCUAUGUAGUCUCAGAAAAUGGAAGAAAAUAUAGCAGAUAUGGAAAGUGCACUGGACAUUCCAGCUACAUCACACACCUUGACUGGUCCCCAGACAACAAGUAUAUAAUGUCUAACUCGGGAGACUAUGAGAUAUUGUACUGGGACAUUCCAAAUGGCUGCAAACUGAUCAGGAAUCGCUCAGAGUGUAAGGACAUCGAUUGGACAACAUACACCUGUGUGCUAGGCUUUCAAGUCUUUGGUGUCUGGCCAGAAGGGUCCGAUGGCACAGAUAUCAAUGCACUGGUGCGGUCCCACAAUAGGAAAGUGAUAGCUGUGGCCGAUGACUUUUGUAAAGUCCAUCUAUUUCAGUAUCCCUGCUCCAAAGCGAAGGCUCCCAGCCACAAGUACAGUGCCCACAGCAGCCAUGUCACCAAUGUCAGCUUUACUCAUAAUGACAGUCACCUCAUUUCAACUGGUGGAAAAGACAUGAGCAUCAUUCAGUGGAAACUGGUGGAAAAGUUGUCUUUGCCCCAGAAUGAGAUUGUAGCAGAUACAACUCUAACCAAAGCCCCCCUCUCCUCCAUUGAAAGUGCCAUCCAGUCUAAAACUCCCACGCCGCCUCCUUCCCAGCCCUUAAAUGUGACAGCUGAAGAGGAAAGUAGAAUAAGCAGCUCUCCCACGCUUCUGGAGAACAGCCUGGAACAGCCUGGGGAGCCGGGCGAAGACCACAGCGAGGAGCAGAGCGAAGGGGGCAGUGAAGACCUGGGCGAGCCCGCUUCUGAGGAGCCGUCCCCCGAGGCCAGCGAGGAGCAGGGCGAGGCGGCCCCUCCCGAGGACCCGCGGGACCCUCCGCCCCUGUCCUAACGCCCGAAGUCUCCUUGCGCUGCGUGUGGUUUUGUGGUGAAGUUCAGAUAACAGGAUGGGCAGUGAUGGAGAUUCGCUGUCAGUGGAGAUUUCGGUUUCCUUGUGGUCUGUUUUCCUCAAUAGUCAUAUCUUCAGUCUCUCAAAUGCAGCUGACCUGAAGGUUCAGUUUGGUGUGCAUUGAAAAGUAACCAACCUUAAGAGUAGGAGAAGACUGAAACAUGCAUUGUGUCUCAGAAAUUACCGUGUAUGUAAGUGGUGUGAUAUAAAUACUGGAAUGAAAACAGCAGUUGUAUUGAUUUUGAAAAUAAACCCCCUUGUUAUCUGAACGUGUUUGCUUCAGGAACAACCAGAGGCAUCCCAAACACUGUUACUCAUCUGCUGGCUCAGACUGUACUGCUUUCUUUCCUGAUGCAGAAAAGGAACCAGAAGAAAAAAAUGUGCUCUUAGUGAGAUAUCCUCCCACCCCAAAGGUCUGAUGGAAGUUUUUUAGUUAAGAAAAACUCCAGUGUUGCCAAGUGCAAUGGUGUUGCCUUCUUGGUUACAGCGCCGCCUCCCGACACUACCGUAGACAUCCAGAUGUGCUCUCAGUCUACUACUAGGUGCUGCCUUUCCCGUCAUAAUGAGCAACAGCCUCUUAAUUUCUUCUGUGCAAAUCUCUUUUAUCCUAGAACAAAGAGAGCUUUGGUUUGUUAAAGAGCUUUCCAUGUAUAUUAGACCAUUGAUACUCGGAAAUGAGAGCGUCCUCCAAGGAGUCCUUUCCUAGCCAGAACAUUCUCAGAAGUUUGGCAUUCAAGUGAAUGGAAGAAAAAAACCACAUGCCUUUAAAACUAAACUGUAAUAAUUACCUGGCUAAUUUUAGCUUAGCUUUCAUUGUAAUUUGUUCCCUCUAUGAUAGGAGAAAUAUAAACACAGUAAGUUUAAAUGAUUGAAUUGGUGCUUGAAAUUCAUUGGUUUAGUUGUAAUUUUUAUACAAACUAAUUAUACCGAGGGAUAAAAUACUCAGUAAAUUACAAAUUCUUUUUUUUUUUUUUUUACAGAAGUAUAAAGUUACAGUCACAAUAAUUUUUUUAUCUAUUGCAUACUUAAUAGACUUGCUAUGUAGGAAGUCAGUUUUUUUGGUGGAGUUGCUAUAAGAAGCUUUGCAAGUCUAAGGUGGCUGUCCUGUUCUUUGGGGCAAUGCAUGUAUUAUUAUGCAUUGGAAAGUUGUGUUUUUUGGUUUUAUUGGCCAACUGUGUUUUUCUUAAGUAUAUGUUUUCUACUUUAAAAAUAAUUACUGACAAAUAUGUAUUUCCUAUAUAUUUGUUUAUACUUUGAUUAUAAAAAAAUUUGUUUUAUUUUUUAACUUGCUGCAUUGUUUUGAUACUGUUUUUUUUGGUUGGACUAUGUUUAGAAACUUUGGAUGAGUUCAGAAGUCUUAAGUAUGCAAGCGUUUACGUGAUUGUGCCAUUCCAAAGUGCAUCAGAACUGUCAUUCCCUUCUAGUAUCUUCUCAGGAGUAAUACAAAUCAGGUAUUUCAUCAUCAUUUGGUAAUAUGAAAAAUCUAGGGAACUCCCAAGGACACAACAUUUAUAUUCACACGCUGUGUGGAAGGGUGUGAGUGUGUGAAAGGGCAAGUGGAGACACUUAACUCUGUGUGUAUCUCUAGAUAAGAAGAUAUGCGCCACUUUGAAAAUACUCAGAUCUCUGUGUACAGACAGAUGUCUGUAUGUAUCUCUUUCCUUUUGUUUACAACUGUUCAAAAAAAAAAAAACCUCAAAGUAGUUCUCUUCAAAAGAAGAGAUAUAGGUUGCAAGCAACCCAGCUUUUUUCAGUAUGUUCUGUACAUAGUUAUCAGAGAGCACCAGUAUCAGGUAUAUAUGCCCACCUGUUCGCAGUGACGAUUGGAUCAUCAGGUCAGCUUGUGCUGCUCCCUGCAAGAAAAAUAUUCUGAGAUCAACAAACCAUUCUUGGAGAAGAAAGAGCAUUUCGUUAAGAACCUGGUGAUAAGCAGGGAGUUGAUUUGAGGACAUCAGUCACCUUUGGGUGUCAUGUACAAUAAGAUUUAUAAUCAUGAUACUCUUGGGUGGUAGUUUCAGAAGACACUGCUAAUACGCAGAGAGCGUUCCAGCAAUCUAAUGCUGGCAACUACUGUUUAAUGGUCAGCUAAAUCUGUGAUAAUGGUUGGAAGUGGGUGGGAUUUUGAAAUUAUAGAUGUUUUCAGAAAAACUUGUGAAUGAAAAUGAAUCCAAGUGUUUCAUGUGAAGAUGUUGAGCCAUUUCUAUCAUGCAUUCCUGUCUCAUGGCAGAAAUUUUUGAAGAUUAAAAAAUAAAAUCAUCAAAAUGUUUCCUUUGUCU